CAUCUGUUUGGGCUGUCUCCACAGUCAUCCUGAUUCAGGAACUUUUCACCCUUUCACUUCAAACACCACGCCAGGACUGAAAUUCACAGUCUCUUUCUGCAGGAUGAAAUUCUUCGGCUUGCUGCUUUGUGCAGUGUUGGUGGGGACCACUCAGCCUCAUGUGUCCAACAGUGAAAGACUGUCCCACUGUAAUACCAAACUGAAAGAUAUCCCAGGCCAGCCCAUGUGCGUCUACCGAACUCCAGACAAGGGUCACCAGCCAACAGAUGGACGCCAGAAAGCAAGCCAUCACAGUCCCAGGAAAUAUCCGGAGAACACGAACCCUCGGGUCUGGGAGCUGUCUCGCUCCAUCAGCAAGUUUGCCUUUGAGUUCUACAAACGUCUUGCCAGCUCAAAGUCCAACACCCAGAACAUCUUCAUGUCACCACUCAGCAUCUCGACAGCCUUCGCCAUGACCAAGCUGGGUGCCUGUGGCAACACCCUGCGGCAGCUGAUGGAGGUCUUUAAGUUUGAUACCAUCACAGAGAAGACAUCAGAUCAAGUCCACUACUUCUUUGCCAAACUCAACUGCAGACUGUAUCGCAAAGCCAACAAGUCAUCAGAGCUGGUAUCGGCCAACCGCCUCUUUGGCGACAAGGCGCUGACCUACAACAGAACUUUCCAGAACAUCAGUGAGGCUGUGUACAAAGCAAAGCUGAUCCCACUCAACUUCAGGGAGAAGCCCAAUGUGGCCAGAAACUAUAUCAACUCUUGGGUGGCCAACAAGACUGAAGGGCUCAUCAAGAAUCUCCUUCCCCCAGAUGCAAUAACUCCCUUCACCACUUUGGUCAUCAUCAAUGCUAUAUAUUUUAAGGGUUUAUGGAAGUCCAUGUUUGAUAAGCGUAUGACAACAGUAAGGGAGUUUGAGAAAACCCCCAACAGCCAGUGCCGGGUCCCAAUGAUGCAGCAACAGGGCUCCUUCCGAUUUGGCAAAUUCACAGCAGACAAGGUGAAGGUGAUUGAGCUCCCGUAUAAAGGUGACGAUGUCUCCAUGGUGCUGAUCCUCCCCAUGGCAGGAGGCAACCUGCAGGAGAUCGAGGCUGCAUUGAGUCACGAGAAGAUGCUGGGCUGGCUCAACAGGCUGAAUGUGGUGGAGGUGGAGCUCUCGAUCCCUCAAUUCCGUGUCGAGGAUUCAUUCAGCCUGACCAACAAGCUAAAGCAGAUGGGCCUGGUCGACCUGUUCAACGCUGAGAAAGCAAGUCUCCCAGGACUAGUUGAAGGAAUGCACACUGACCUUUAUGUUUCCGAUGCAUUUCAUAAAGCCUUUUUGGAGGUGAACGAGGAAGGCAGUGAGGCUGCAGCUGCCACAGUCGUGAUGUUGAUGGGACGUUCAUUGCGUCCGGGCCUGGAGGUUUUCAACGCCAACCAGCCUUUCAUCCUGCUGAUUCGAGAAGUCGCCAUCAAUGCCAUCAUCUUCAUGGGGAGAAUAUCUGACCCCUGUCCAGCACAACGAGGGGAAUGAAUCAUUAUCAUCGUUACAGCAGUUACACAAACUUAAUCAAGUGCU